AUGCCUCCCUCAACCAACAAAGUAGCUCCCGAUGACAACGCUGCCUUGCCGCAAUCCCUGGAUGAAGCCAAGGCUCUCGUGGACGCACUGAUUAAGGUGGUGGCGUGCUACCGGCACCUGUCCUCGUGCGUGGGGGGCUGUACGGAUGGCACCAGCCUGCGCGAUGAGCUCCGGCGGACGCGGGAGCGGGCCCAGGAGCUCGCGGUGGCCAACCGGCAGUGCCUCACGGCCCGCCUGCGGGACAAGACCAUCGGUGAGGAAGAGAGGCGGGAGACCGAGCUGCUGUGGGUGGCCUUCUCCUCCAGCCUGGAGAUGCUCCACGCUGACAUGUGCAAGGUGUUCCACGUGGGCAAGAACUUCCCUUUGUCCAAGACUGCCUUGGUACAGACCGGCAUACAAGGAGAGACCACUGAGGUGGCCGCCCGCGCCCUUAGCCUGAAGGACCUGAACCACAACGACACACCGGCGAGCGUGGAGCGCCUGGAGCAGAGCGACCUGGAGGCGGAGACGGCCCACGUGGACCAGAUGAUCGAGGACAUGGAGCAGAAGGUCAACGUCCUCCGCUGGACAGUGGAGGCCCAGGGGCCGCUGGACGGCGACACGGUCAGCACCGACAGCGCCCCGCUGGCCCUGCUGUGCACCGAUGAGGAGGACCCGGGCCGGGUCUGCGACCGCAGCCAGAUGUUUAUGGCGUCGGUGCUGGGCGGUGUGUUCGCCGUGGCAGUGCUAAUCUCCGUCAGCGCGGUCUACAUGUUGUGA